CACAGAGCCGAGAGGAAACAGAGGACCGAGGAGCCUUCAGAUCAACACUUGUUAUUUAGAUUUCAUUUGUUUAUUGAGCCCAAACAACAGUUUGUUCCAGCCAGCAGAGAUGGAGACCAUGAAGAGUGCCAGGAAAAACGACGCAGGGGACGUCGGCAGUGAUUUAUCGGAACAGAUUAAAGCAGCCACUAAGGACAGUCAUAUCCGAGCUGAAAACACCACGCUGAUGCUGAGCUACCAGAGAGGACAGAUCACCCUGCCUCAGUACAAGCUGUUGCUGUGCUCGCUGUAUGAGAUCUACAGAGCUCUGGAGGAGGAGCUGGACAGGAACGCCUCACAUCCCGCCGUCGCUCCCAUCUACUUCCCUCAGGAACUCGCUCGUCUGGAAACUCUGGAGGGAGAUCUGGAACAUUUCUUCGGCUCCGAGUGGAGGCAGAGGGUGAUCGUUCCUGCAGCCACAGUCAGAUACCAGGAGAGAAUACGGAGGAUUGGCGCAGAGAGUCCUGAUCUGCUGGUGGCUCACGCCUACACCCGUUACCUGGGCGACCUGUCAGGAGGCCAGGUGCUGGGGAAGAUCACCCAGAAGUCCUUGGGGCUGAGCAGUAAAGAAGGACUGUCGUUCUUCUCGUUCCCCGGCGUCAGCAGCCCCCACCGCUUCAAACAGCUGUACAGGGGCCGCAUGAACAGCAUCGAGCUGACGGAGGAGAGGAGGGAGGAGCUGCUGAGGGAGGCCAACACCGCCUUCCUGCUCAACAUCCAGGUUUUUGAUGACUUGCAGAAAAUGCUGAGUGUCACAACAGAAGCAGCGGACCAAUCAGAGGGCAACGCUGGGAAGACCAAAAACAUGUUUCUGUCUUUACCCAGCAUGCAGUUCACCGUGGGCGUGUGUGUUGCCCUGACUACGGUUGGAUUGGGACUCUACGCUUUGUAGAGGAACCGUCUAUAACCACUCAGCACUUUAUCACUCGUUCUCAAUGUGAAACCGGGUCGGACAUCUUCCUUUUUACAAAACCAACAAGGCCAGUAUUUUAGGAGUCAUGAUCAAAGUAUAUAUAUCUGUUAGGAAGUAUUCUGAUUUGAUGGAUUUUCUGUGCAUAUUGUUUUAAAUUUAAGAUGAACCCUAACUGAAAGAUCACUCAUUCUAAAACAGAUCAGAGAUAUUAUUCUGAAAUGGACCAAUCAGACAAUGACUACUUUUACUGUCGCUACUUUAAGUACAUUUAGAGGAGAGUACUUUCUACUUUCACUGGAGGAACAUUUAGAAUACUUUCACUGUGACAGAGUAUUCCUACACUCUGGUACUUCUACUUUACUCAAGUACAAGACCUGAGUACUUCUACUUUACUCAAGAACAAGACCUGAGUACUUCUACUUUACUCAAGUACAAGAUCUGAGUACUUCUACUUUACUCAAGUACAAGACCUGAGUACUUCUACUUUACUCAAGAACAAGACCUGAGUACUUCUACUUUACUCAAGAACAAGACCUGAGUACUUCUACUUUACUCAAGUACAAGACCCGAGUACUUUUACUUUACUUAAGUACAAGACCUGAGUACUUCUACUUUUACUGAGAACAAUAUCUGAGUACUUCUACUUUACUCAAGUACAAGACCUGAGUACUUUUACUGAGUACAUGACCUGAGUACUUCUACUUUACUCAAGUACAAGACCCGAGUACUUCUACUUUUACUCAAGAACAAGACCCGAGUACUUCUACUUUACUCAAGUACAAGACCCGAGUACUUCUACUUUACUCAAGUACAAGACCUGAGUACUUCUACUUUACUCAAGUACAAGAUCUGAGUACUUCUACUUUUACUGAGUACAAUAUCUGAGUACUUCUACUUUACUCAAGUACAAGAUCUGAGUACUUCUACUUUUACUCAAGUACAAGAUCUGAGUACUUCUACUUUACUUAAGUACAAGACCUGAGUACUUCUACUUUACUCAAGUACAAGAUCUGAGUACUUCUACUUUACUUAAGUACAAGACCUGAGUACUUCUACUUUACUCAAGUACAAGACCUGAGUACUUCUACUUU